CUGUCUUCCCCUAAAAAAAAAAGAGAAGAAACUCUCUCUUCAGUGCUAAGAUAGUAACGUAAGCUGAUAUUUUGAAACCCUAGCUAGGGCUUGGUGGUGGAUAUUUGACGCUGAUCUGAAAUGGCGGACGAGGAGGUUAUGGUUGCUGCGGCAGGGAGCGGGGUGCAACUUUCCGACCAUGAGAAAAAGCGCAAGCUCGAGGAUUUGGAGACCGACGUUCCGGAGCCACUCUCCGGUGUUGACUCGCACGCCAAGGUGGACGCGGAUAAGGAUGGGAAUGCAGAGGAGGAUGAUGAGUUGGCGGACCUCAAACGACAGCGUGUGGAGGAUAAUGCUGAGAACGACCAACCUGCUGGCCUCGCUCCGGAGAAUGGGUAUGACAAGUCAGAACAGUCUGAAGGAGGGGACGCUGAUGAGCAGCCAACAAGUGUGGAAGAUAAUGCUAAAUUGGAGGAUGGAGAUGGCCAAGAACUAGCUCUGGAAGCUUCUGCAACAGUCGAAGAUCUGGCUCAUGGAGAUGAACAGAAUGGUAAUGGUGACCAGCCCUCAGUUGAGAAUGAGAGACCUGCAGCUGGAAAUGAAGAAGAGUCCAAGAAGGAAGGUGAGGAGCCUUCUGCAGAAGGUGAUGGGUCUAUUGUUCAGCAGCAAUCCAGUUCUGAUGCUGAAACCUCAAAGAAAAUUGAGGUUCCUAAUAAUAAGGUUGGUGUUUUGAUUGGCAAGGCUGGGGAUACUAUUAGGUUUCUGCAAUAUAAUUCAGGUGCUAAAAUUCAAAUUAUGAGAGACGCUGAUGCUGAUCCGCGUGCGGCUACCAGGCCUGUGGAACUAAUUGGAACUCUAGAUAGCAUAAACAAGGCGGAGAAGAUGAUCAAUGAUGUUAUUGCUGAGGCAGAUGCUGGGGGUUCUCCUUCUCUUGUGGCUAGGGGCUUCAGCACUGUGCAGGCUGUAGUUGGAGAUCAAGUUGAGAUUCAAGUCCCGAAUGAAAAGGUUGGCUUAAUCAUUGGAAAAGGUGGAGAAACUAUUAAGAAUUUACAGACAAAAUCUGGAGCUCGUAUUCAGUUGGUACCCCAGCAUCUCCCAGCUGGUGAUCAAUCCAAAGAAAGGACAGUGCGAGUUACUGGUGUAAUGAAGCAGAUUGAAAUGGCAAGGGAGAUGAUCAAAGAAGUCAUGAAUCAGACUGUGAGGCCAUCACCUCUUUCUGGUGGAUAUAAUCAGCAGGCUAUCCGUCCUCGUGGCCCUGUUAACCCGCAAUGGGGAAAUCGUGGUCCUUAUCCUGGGCAGUUUAUGGGCUAUGAUUAUCAGCAAAGAGGAUCAUAUCCAUCACAAAAUCCUCAAUAUCCAGCUCAACCGUAUGGGAACUAUCCUCCCCAAGGACCCAGAAGCAGCUUUGGUCAUAGUUGGGAACAGAGGCCCCCAGCAGCUAUGCAUGGCCAGCCACCGCAGGCAAAUUACAACUAUGGGCAGCCACAGGGUCCAGAAUAUGGGCAGCCUGCCCCUUAUUCCCAGACACCUGCACCGGGCUAUGGGCAAGGAUACAGUGAAGUGAAAUAUGAUAGCCAGUUGGCAGCCCACCAUUCUUAUGGUGGACAUGGGGUACCUCAGUCAACGGGUUACCCUCAAGGUGGUGGUACCCAUCCAGGCUAUGGUCCACAGGACCAAUAUGGCAGGUCAGCAUCAUAUGGUAUGCCUCCACAGGCGCCUCAUGGCCAAACUUAUGGCCAGCCCAGGCCUAACCAACCUGGUGAAAUGCCUUAUCCAGCUUCUGUUUCAACCCAAGCAUAUGGUUCCAAUGUGCCCCCACAGCAAUCAUAUGGGUAUGCAUCAAGUGGUCCAGUGCAGCAAAGCUAUCCUCCUUAUGGUUCAGGACAUGCUGCUGACGGUUAUAAUCACCCAGCACCUGCAGCUGCUGCUGGUCCUGGUUAUGCUCAGCCUAGUGCACAACCUGUUUCUGGUUAUGGCCAGCCUGGUGGACAGCAGCCCUCUGCUUAUGCCACAGGAGGUUAUGGUUCAUAUCCAGCACAGCCUGGUUACACUGAACAACCAGCCGCUGCCAAUGCUGGUUAUGGGUAUCAAGGCGCAUCGGAUGCAGCGUAUCCAGCUUCUGGAGCUUAUGGUGCCCCUUCUGCUGUCCAACCAGGCUAUGGUCAACCACCUCCAACCCAGCCAGGCUAUGAUCAGUCCAACCCUCAAACUAGUGGUGCUUAUGGAACUACACCUGCACCAGCUGGUUAUGCGAAGAGUUUGUCACCCCAGCCUGGUUAUCCGCAGUAUGACUCCAGUCAGAUGUAUGCGGCACCUCGGUGAAACGCUGUUGGUUUCUAGCUGAUAGUUGGGAGUAGGAGCUGUGUUUUUUUAAUUUUAGCUUCAAAGUACAAGGCAUUCAUACUAUCUCUACUUUACCGUGUCUAGGACCCCAGAUGCGAUCAAGUUGUACUGCACAGAAUCAAAUAUCGGGAUGUGUUAUAAUUUCUCAUAAUUUGAUGACCUAUUGACUUAGUUAACGCAUGUAGCAUGAAUGGCUCUGUUAAGUAUGUCCUGUUAAUUA